GCGUGGAGCAUACUGUAUAACGGUUUGUAAUAGCAGGCAAUUGGCUUCAACGACCUCUGCUCGCGUUUAGUUUUUUUUUUAUUUUCUCUCUGCUAAGUUUCCAAACAAGUUCUCAGACUUUUUAAUUCAUUGAUUCUUUGCCGCUCUGCUGUUAUCUGGAUGACAUGGCCAGCUCGGGACUUCAGCUCCUCGGUUACUUCCUCUCACUGAUCGGUCUCGCGGCCACUGUUGCCGCUACUUUGAUGGUUCAAUGGAAGAAGCAGUACCAGGGCAAAACUUACCGCAUCUAUGACGGCUUGUGGAUGAGUUGCGGUGGCGAUGAGAGAACAACCUGUGAAUUUCAUCAGUACCUCCUGAAGCUGCCAUCUGAGGUCCAGGCUACUAGGGCCGUGAUGCUGGUCUCCAUCUUCCUCUCCUCUGUGGCGCUGAUGGUCUCCACCGUGGGAAUGAAGUGCACCCGCUUCAUGGAUGACAAAGCUGAGGCCAAAUCCACAGUAGCUAUGAUUGGAGGAAUCAUGUUCGUGGUUGCAGGUUUAUUGACCAUCACCAUGACCUCCUUGUAUGUCAAAAUGAUUGUCAAGAUAUCCUAUGAAUCCCAUAGCCUGCAGAGUGCUGAGUUUGGUAAUGCCGUCUUUGUCAGCUGGGCUGGCGGCUUCUUCACUACAGCUGGAGGGGCUUUCCUCAGCUGUCGGAGAUGCUCGAAGGCCCAGGCCGGGUCCAUCAGCUCCAACCACCUCCUCCCCACCACCCAACCUAAGUCAAACUACGUCUAGUGGAGGAGAGCAGGGGAGAGGCCUUGAUACAGUAAUUUCAGCUGUGAUUUUACAAAGUUGUGUUUUUUUACGAUGUGGAAAAGUCCCACUGCAUGAUUCCAAAUACUACAUAUCGAACAUGAACACAGUCACCAGGAUCAGGAUUACACGCAUGAUCAGGCUGUUUGUGCAGACUUUAAAUUCAGGUUCAUAGCUUGAGCUUUUCUAUUUUAACACAACACUUGUGUUUGUUUGUUAUGGCGUCAGUCAGUGCCGUAGUUUCUGCUGCUCUCAGCUGUUUAUUUUUUCAUUCAGAGAAAUAAAAGUGAGAAUUACAUUUUUUAAUAAUUGAAAAAGUGCUAACUACAUAUUUGAGCAUACAUUCUCUCAGGUCUAUAGACCUGAAAGAAUGUAGGCUUAACUAUGUAAAUGUCCUGAACUUUGUCAACUUGUUUGUGUAAGUAAACUUACUCUUCAUAACUAGCAAUGAAGAAAACCUUAAUUUAAUAGUUUAUUCAGACAUAAAGUUUUGACACUCUGUUGCCAAGAUUUCUGUACAUUUUAUUGCUCUUCAAAUUCCCUCUGCUGUUAUUAUAAUGUUUCUUGUGUGUUUUAAAUAUAUGACUAAAGUUUUAUAUUCUUGUGUUAUUUUCAUCUAAUUUUUUAAAUUGUUAUCCAACACAUUAUGUGGCAGUUUGAAAGAUAUUUUGAAAUAAAUGAAAUGUUAUGGUUUUCUU